GAAAACAACAACCACACUGAAAACAACAAAACCAACACCAAACACAACAGCGCAUCGCCUUAAAUCGCAGCAAGAAAAGAAGAAAAUAAAUGCAAGCGUUUUAAAAAUAACAACAGCAACGCGUAAGCGCAACAGUAAAGCAUCGUUAGACGCGCAAACAAAAAAUAAAAAUAAUAAAAACAAGCAACAUUGCAGGCAACGCCGCAACAAAGUAGCUGCUACUGUCAAUGUAUUCCAUAAAAUAUUUCCACACUAUCUAACAAAUCACAAAUCAGUGUAUACAAAAACAAAAACAAAUAUAUAUAAUUGCGCCGCACAGUGUUUCGUGUACAACAACAGCAAUAACAACAUAAUAUUCUCAACGCGACAACAUUUUAAGCGGGCAGCGACAAGCAGUUUGAGUCACAACACCAAAAUGGAUAUAGAAUCAGACGACUCGGAACGCUGGGAGGACUUUUUUGGCAGCUCCACAGAAUUGGCACCAUCGCUUUUGGGCAUCUACGACACCUUGACGAGUGCGCUCGAGGCUAGCAACAAAAAUACAAACGAUAACAUUAACAACAAUAAUAAUAGUAACAUAAAUCAGCAGAACAGCAGUGGCGAAAAUAUAAAAAUAAGCGAAAACGGCGACGAGAACGCCUACAGCAUUGACGAGCAUUCUAACGGUAAUGUAAGCAUUGCAAGCAAUCACAGCGACUCACCGACGCUCAGCAAUAAGAGUAGUCGCAGUUCAAGUUUCAGCGCAGAGGAAAAGUUAAGCGCCGAAUAUAGUUUCCAUAUAGGCGGUUACAACAACAACAAUAACAAUAAUUGUAGCGACAGCAACAGUAAUAAGAGUAAUUGUUACGCUGUAGGGGAAGAGCGGCAGCAACCUUCACAUUCGCCUUCACCUGCGCUACCAAAGCGACAGUUAAACGAACAGUCCCCAGAGAUCGGAACUUUUUUGAGUGCUUCUACUGACAGCGGCUUUGGCGGCGGUCGCAACACCACGCUUGCUUUGCUCAACCUCGCCUAUAGCAACAGCCACAACAACAGCUUUCACGGCAUCCACAAUCACAACAUAAAACACACUUACAGUGCGAGUAGUCGCAGUCUCAAUUCGCUCUCAUCGUCGUCCUCGUGCAGUCAACGCAGUAGCAGCAGCGGCAGUGGAAGCGGUAGCGGUAGCGCAUGUCAUAAUAGCCCAACAGGCUCACGCUUGUCGCGCGAAACGCCAUUCGUCCACAGCUCGGGCAGCGGCGGCAGUCUCAACAGCCCCAGCAAACAUCGCAAUCAAAUACGCAUACUGUCACCCAAUGUCCAGCGCAUAAUUACACACUCUGAUGCGGAGCGCGUGGAAACUGUGGACAUAGACGCGCUACAGCAACAACCCACACACUUGACGAGUCCAACACAAUCGCCAGCGCUGCAUCACCGGUACGUGAAAAAAGCGCCACCACCAAGCGCGACUUCAACGCCGAACAGCAUACACAAAGUAAAGCUCUCACAUAUACCGCUCUCUAAGAUUACCGGGAAGUUAACGCAGUCGGGUAGCGAAUUAGUUGAGACCUUCGAUUCCAGUUCCGAGUACUUAGAUGCGCUCAACUUUCACUCGUAUACUGAGGCGAAGCCCGCGCGCGGUCUAAAGAAGCCACCGACGCCGGCUGUAGUUACCAUACCGUGUUUGGAGGGUUCUACUGGCGAUGGUGAGGUUACACCGACUAAUCAAAAUACCUCAGCCGUAAAAACGAACGAUUCCCUUGGUGCUUUCAACUUUAGCGCAAACUACAAGUUAUCACUGCCGAAUUAUGAACGCCAAGAAAGUAUUAAACUAAUUGAAAUGGAGCAAUUGGCCACCACAUCGCAAAUGUUAACUGCCGCAUGUGCACCGCCGCCACCAACCAGCUUGCCACUGGCGGUGGAACACCAACAAAAUCACAAUCACAAUAAUAAUAAUAUAAACAACAAUAAUAAUAUCUCUAGCGCGCUCAAUACACCACCACCAAUACCAUCCAAAGAGUUUAUCGCCACUGCACCUUUGUCACCCUCUGAUUUUGUAGAGACUUUGAACUAUCCGCUAAUCACAAAAGACCUCGCAUCCCUUACACUCAAUGAAAAGGACAGCAUGAACUCAUCCAUGACAAGCGUUGAACUCAUCGAAGCUAUUAAUAAGCCAGUGAUCUCUAAACCUUUAGUGCGCAGCUCGUCGGCAGCCUGUGCCUCAACUGUGUCCGGUUCACCGAUGCUCACCUAUGCGCGCUCUAAAAGCUUGGCAGCGAAGGCCAAUACUUUGGGCGGUGCAGUACCAAUAAAAUUGCCCACUGCACAGCAGUUGGAAGAGCUUGAGGAGGCGAGCAAAAUGUCGGCGGAGAGCUUAGAUCGCCUAACUGAUAUUAAGUCAAAGUUUUCGCCAAAAGAGUCACGCAAAGGUGGUCCAAUGCUGCCAGAGAUUGCCAAACUCAAACAUCGUCCGCUUUCUUCGUCUUCCAUUUGCUCAACAUCGUCUAGUUCUAGUUCCGGUUCGGAUCAUCUGAAUGGCAAGCUGGCCACAUCGUAUUUGGCGAGUGUUGAGAGUCUGGCCGAUCAAAGUGAGAAUGAACUUAUGGAUCCGCAUAGUGGUAUGACAGUUUUAGAGCGCGCUAUGCUAGAGAUAGUCGACUCUGAACGCAGUUUUGUGGAGGACUUGGGGCAGGUCAUAAAAGGUUAUCUAUCGGAUUGGAGGGAACGUGCCUGCCUACGUUAUGACGAACUGAAAAUACUCUUCUCAAAUAUUGAAGAGAUUUAUGAGUUCAACUCGACGCUCCUGAAGCAGUUAAUCAACUCUGGUAUGGACCCAGGAAAAAUAGCGAAAUGUUUUAUAGAAUUGCGCGAAAGAUUUGAUGUAUACACAACAUAUUGUACAAGUUAUCCUGAAGCCAUAUCACUGCUGACCAAACUGUUACAGGCCACACACACCAACGCACUGCUGACGUCCACACAAAAAAUGUUGCAACACAAAUUGCCACUCGGCUCAUAUUUGCUGAAGCCGGUGCAACGUAUACUUAAAUAUCAUCUGCUAUUGGACAACCUUCGUAAGCAUUGCGAUGUGAAGGAAGUGUUGCAAGCCUACGAAAUCAUGCGGCAAGUGGCGCGUAAUAUCGAUCAGGUGAAGCGUAAGUUGGAGCAACAAAUAAGAGUUAAAGAACUAUCUGGUAUAUUGGACGGUUGGUUGGGACCAGAACUCACCGUUUUGGGCGAACUCCGCCAAGAGGGUCUCCUCAUGGAACACAAUAAGCCACGCAUGGUCUUCCUUUUCGACACGAUGCUGAUCAUUACUAAGUCCAAAGAGGAUAAUCGUCUGCAAUUCAAGAGUUACAUACACCAAAAUAAUCUAAUGCUAAGCGAACAUUUACCCGGCGAACCGACGAGCUUUUAUGUAAUACCCUACCAUGAGCCGCGUAAUCAAAUCAAAUUGACAGCCAAAAAUCGUGACCAGAAACGUCUCUGGGCGCAACACAUUAAAGGAGUCAUACUCGAGAAAUUCGACAACAUACCAAAUCGCGCCAAGGAGUUGGUCUACAAGUUGGGCGAUGAGGAAGACCGCACACCGGACAAGAAUACCUGGAAGUGGAGUCUGCACUCGACUUCGACAACGCCCGUUUACUUGGAGCGACGCAAUCAGUACCGACGCAGCGAGAUACGCAAAUGUUCGAAAUUCAAACGGAAGACCGUCACCAAUUCCACAUCCUUUGAUAGCUUCAAUGAACUCGCCGAAAACGCAGCACGUGAAAUACCAACAACUACAACAACUGAAAAUGAGUUAGCGGUAGCGAAAGAGGGCAAACCGCUGGCACGCACCAACAGCAUCGAUGAUAACAUGUUGCCUGCGUUGCAUAAACUCGCCGCGGUCAUUAAGAAUAAAGGCAAAGCCGAUGAGGCAAGCGCUGUGAAGUCUGAUAACACGGAUAGCGGCAGCGGCAAGGAGGUGAAACAAAAUGCCACUGCGAAGGAGGAGCUGACCAGCUGCAUAAUGCGUGAUCAACGACGCAGCGCAUGCGCUUCGCCCAAGUCACCGCUGUUCGGUUUGAAGGCGCUGAAGGAGCGCAGCAAGUCGGUGCCGCGCAUUAGUUUCCAGUGUGAAGAUUUAGAUGAGGAGAACGAGUCGCUGCACGGUAGCAAUACGAAUCUCGAUGCGCGCAAAUCCAAAUCAAGCAAGUCAAUUGAGGUGAAGCAAUACAACCACAAGACGAUACCCAAACGCAUUGCCACGUUGAAGAAGCAACGCACUGGCAAAACAAAGGAAACCUCCAAGUUCUACAUGGAUUUGAGUGAAUUCGAUGAUGCGCCCAAAACUGAGCUAAAGAUAACCGAGUCGACAGAAAAUCUAUUAGAAGAGAAACAAGCGGUUGGCAACAGUAGCGCACAGAAAGAUGCAAAGACGGUUACGCAGAAUCUUGAUAGCAUACAAAUGCAGCUGGAGAAGCAAUGCGAGGAGCUGUUGACAACGUUGAAGAAGAAGGACGCAGAUAUAAUAUUGGAUCUAUUGAAACAGAAUAAGGAGUUCGAGCGCAUAGUGAAGAAGAAGCAGCAACGCAAACGCUCAGAGCAGGGUGGUAGCGGUGGUAGUGGCAGCGGUAGCGCGCCGGGCAGUCCUGAGUCGCCAGACUAUCCGCUGCUCAAUGAGUUGCCGCCGCGCCCGCCAUCGCGCUCACCGCCGCCACUCGAAUCUGAGUGUGAGCCAGCUGCUAACGAUACGCGCCAAGCCACGCCAGACGAAGAAGACGAUGUGGAGCCUAUUUACGAGUCACUGCUGCGCAAUGUACACGUGCCGUAUAAAUUCUCGCCGGUGCUAGGUCGUUCAGUAUCAACGCAGCAGUGCAAGACACGCGAGCGCAAAUCACCACCAACGCCGCGUCCAGAAUCGGAUUAUGUCACACUAGUUUACUCGCCAGAAGGCGCGCUGCAAAAAGUUGGCAACGAAAUGCUGGCAGAGCGUGCUAGCAGCGGUGAGGCGCAACUGCGUCGCGAACCAAUUGAAGUGCCGCCGCUGGAUCAACGCGACAGCUCUGGCUCUUCCACGUCUUCCUCGACCUGCACGCUUAAACGCGACAGUCAGAAUACAGUCAUCAAUGUUGAGUGCGCUUCAGCUAGCAAUAUUUCAAUGAUCUCCAACAACACCAGCAAUUCGCACAGUGAAGCUAUCUACGCGCGCCCAAUACCAAAGAAUUUAAUGAAGCGUUUAUUUAGCACCAGCACACACACCGCCAUCGGCAUGGGCAGCAAAUCGUCGCAUGAGAAUAUAUCCUCAUCGCACAAUUCUUUAUUGCCGCGUGCGCGCAAAUCCAUCGAUAAUAUCGCGCUCAGUUUUGGACGCUCCAACAAACCGCCUGAGCGACGCGUCUCCGACGUAACUGAAAUGUGUCGUCAAAGCAUACUGCACCGUCAGGGCAGUGAAGCGGUGGGCGAGCGCAUGGCACACGUGGAUUACGCCGAUCCGCGUACACUCUUCACCGUCAAUGUCAACACCAGCUCCGAUGCAUCGCUGCAACGCGAUUCCGUCUUCUCGCUCACCUCCUCCAAUGAUAGCGUUUGCGACCAGAAGCGCGCCGCCAGCUCAACGCUAAGCAGCGAUGCCAGCAACUCUGAUUUCGUGUAUGAAGACAACGUGGAGGCUUGUCUGGAGAAUGACUUCCGUGACUCGGCCAUUUAUAGUGAUGAUAAUGAGAAGCGCGCGGAUUAUGAGUCCAGCGACGGCAUUAAGCGUCCGAGCAGUCCACCACCGCCACCUCCACCAGCGCGCAAUCGCAGCAACCCCGAGGUGCCGCCCAAGCCAACUGGCAUACCGCGCGUCAACAUCAGUAAAGUGGCGUCGCCGCGCAAGGAAUUGCCAGCGCCGUCACCCUUAAUUGGCGCCGAGGCGCAAUGCUUUGCUGGCAAGCCUGCGCAUGUUGUCAUCUGCCCGCCGCACAUGAGCGCGGCGGCGUCGCGUAGUUGGGUGCUGCAGCAAAUCGAUAAUUUUAAUAAGUAAGGCGGCGCGGUGCGUGCGCUGUACUUACAUUUUGUAGACUUGCGCGCUUUGUUUGCCAUAAAUAGUUGAACGACAGAUUCUUAGUGCUUUACGCGCAUGCACAUAUUUCACAUACAUACAUACAUAAAUAACCAUAGCACUUACAUUUUUCCAUACAAAAAUAUAUCUACUUAAAAUAUUAAAAUACAAAAUUAUAUUUAAUAACAAAAAAUAUUUUUACUUUGUUGACUGUUGAACGCCAAUAUGCUUACAGUAUAUUUCUAAUGCCUACUUAAUUAUUAUAUAUUAAAAAAAAUAUAUUUUUAUGAAAAUUAUAUAUUAUAUAUUUACACUCGCUCGCAUUUGUACAUUUCGUAUAUUAAGUUAUUUUAAUGCAGACAUUUAAGUAUCUUAUUUAACUUUAAGCAGCGGCUUUGCGGCGUCUAUUGUGCAUUAAUAUUCGGUAGAACAUACAUAUAUGUAUAUAUAUGUGUAUGUAUAUUUAUGCCAUUUUAGAUUUUUUGAUUUUUCUGUUUCGUGUUUUUAUGAAACACAUAAUUUUCCAGCGCUUUUUAGUGGAAAAAAAUUAAAAAUUAUUAAUUAUUAUUGUAUUGAAACGAAAAUUAAAAAAAAAAUAAAACAAAAAUUAUAUAAAAAUAACAAAAAAUCUAUAAAAAUAACUAGAAACAUAUAUAAGAUAUCGAAAUCGAUCGCAUCACGGUAGUCUGUCUGCCCACAUUUAAUGCAACGUUAGCGAAAAAAUGUUUGGCGCGCACAUUUUUACAGUAUAUACACGUACAUAUAUGUAUAUGAACUACUCAAUUUAUUAUGUAAUAUUUAAAAUGUAAUACGAAAUGUCGAUUAUACUGAAGUUUAUGCAUUUUUAAGAAGUUUUGUAAUUCCGAUGAAACUUAAAUAUUUAUAAACAUAUUUAGCGAAUUGUUCAAAA